AUGGAUGGUCAUCAUCUCCAUCAUCAUCAACAUCAACAACAUCAACAACAUCAACAACAUCAUCAUCAACAACAACAACAACAAAGACAACAACAACAACAGCAACAUCAACAACAUGUUCAAAACAUCAUAGGAACUAGCAGUCUUAACAUGGAUGUCACAGAUAGGUUCCCUCAAUGGAGCAUCCAAGAAACAAAGGAGUUUCUGAUGAUCCGUUCAGAGCUUGAUCAAACUUUCAUGGAGACAAAGAGAAACAAACAGCUUUGGGAAGUUAUCUCCAACAACAUGAAGGAAAAGGGUUAUCAUAGAAGUGCUGAACAGUGCAAGUGCAAAUGGAAAAACCUUGUGACUCGCUAUAAGGGAUGUGAAACAAUGGAGAUAGAAGCUACAAAGCAACAGUUUCCAUUUUACAAUGAGCUUCAAGCUAUAUUUAGUGCAAGGAUGCAAAGAAUGCUAUGGGCUGAAGCAGAAGGAGGGUCAAAGAAGAAAGGGAUGCAUGCAUCUUCUGAGGAGGAAGAAGAGUUAGGAAAUGAAGAGAGUGAAGGAGAUCAUAAGGGUAACAUUGGCAAAAAGAAGAAGAAAAAGGGAAAAAUGGUGGAAGGUGGUAGCAACAAUUUGAAGGAGAUUCUUGAGGAGUUUAUGAGGCAACAAAUGCAAAUGGAAGCUCAAUGGAUGGAAGCAUUUGAGGCAAGGGAGAAUGAGAGGAGGAUGAAGGAGAUGGAGUGGAGACAAACAAUGGAAGCAUUGGAGAAUGAGAGGAUGAUGAUGGAACAAAGAUGGAGAGAGAGGGAAGAACAAAGAAGGGUUAGAGAAGAAGCUAGGGCUGAAAAGAGAGAUGCAUUAAUCACUGCUCUUCUUGAUAAGCUUACAAGAGAAGAUAAGUAG